AUGACCCUGAACUUCAUGGUAGCGACCCCAAAACUCCAACGGGGCCACCUGUUGGGUGGUAAGGUGCUCAUGCUGCUUAAAGUAGUACAGAAUACAGAGCCGGCGGUUCAUGUGAGAGGCCAGGAGCCCCUUACUGCCUCCAUGCUGGCGGCUGCACCAUUAAAAGAGCAGAAACAACUCCUGGGCGAGCGGCUGUAUCCACUUAUCCAGGCCUUGCAUCCGACUCUUGCGGGAAAGAUCACAGGCAUGCUGCUGGAGAUCGACAACUCUGAACUACUGCACAUGCUGGAGGCUCCAGAGUCCCUGCACUCCAAGGUUGAAGAGGCUGUAGCUGUGCUUCAGGCUCAUCAAGCCAAGGAAGUGUCUGCAAAAGUAAUGGAGUUCUGUAAGACAGGCAUGCACACUGAAGGACUGUGAGAGUUGUUCCAGAGAACGGGGAAAAGAAAACCGCACUUCAGAGUUAUGCUAUUUAAUGCAUGAUUCACACACUGCAAAUGUCCUUUUGCGCUCCACAGUGUUAAGUUUGUUCUGAUUUUGUUUAUUAAAAAAAAAAAAAAGUAAAAUGACAAAAAAAAGGCUAAAAAAUAUUUUUUGAAAUUUCUGUGUGCAAUAAAAAUGAUCCUGUCUUAAUGGACAUGCAAAAA